AUGGCAGAUUAUUCGCUUUAUCUCGUCACGGAUUCAACGCCUACCAUACUAGGCGAUAAAGAUCUGGCACAUGUUGUGGAAGAAGCACUCAAAGGCGGUGUCACAAUUGUCCAGUACCGAGACAAGAAGAUUGAGACCGCGGAUCUCGUCCGGAUUGCGAAAAAGCUGCAUGUAAUCACACGGAAGUACAGCGUCCCUUUGCUCAUCAAUGACCGCAUAGACGUUGCUCUUGCAGUCCAAGCAGAAGGCGUCCAUAUCGGGCAAGAGGAUAUGGACCUGACAACGGCUCGCAAACUCCUAGGUUCAGAGGCUAUCAUCGGUGUCACAGCGUCUAGCACGAGCGAAGCCCUUAACGCCGCUGAUGGUGGAGCCUCUUAUAUCGGUAUUGGGACUGUUUAUGCAACACCAACGAAAACAGAUACCAAGUCUAUCAUAGGGACUGCAGGGGUCAGGAAUAUCUUGCAAGCACUUGCAGGAGCUCGAUACAGCAUUCCAACAGUCGCCAUUGGAAGUCUCAAUCUGUCCAACGUACAGCGGGUGCUGUACCAGUCAGCAAGCCCCCAUAAAUCGCUUUCAGGAGUUGCUGUCGUGAGCGCUAUCAUGGCAUCUGCGGACCCCCGAGCAGCUGCCUCAGAACUUCGACAGGCCGUUUCUUCAGCUCCAACCACCUUGAGCCCUAAUGCACUCAAAAACACCGACCUUGAAAAUAUCCUGAAGCAGGUUCCAGGAAUCAUCCGUAGACUGACUGAAGCGUCUCCUUUGUGUCACAAUAUGACCAAUCUUGUCGUGCAAAAUUUCGCUGCGAACGUAGCUAUUUGCAUUGGAGCUUCUCCUAUCAUGUCAAACAACGGCCAAGAAGCAAAAGACCUCGCAAAACUAGGUGAUGCUCUGGUCAUUAACAUGGGAACUGUUACGCCAGAGGGUUUGGCGAAUUACAUCCAAGCGAUCAAUGCAUACAACGAAAUUGGAGGGCCAGUCUUGUUUGACCCAGUUGGUGGUGGAGCUACAGGACCAAGGAGAAAUGCCAUUAAAACCCUUCUCAGUGCCGGAUAUUUCGACGUCAUUAAGGGUAACGAAAACGAGAUCCUUGCCGUGUUGGGGGAAGGCCUAGUACAACAGAAGGGAGUUGAUAGUAGCGGGAGCACCUCCAAUACUGCAGCGAAGGCAAAGACGGUCCAGAGGCUAGCUCAAAGGGAACGCAAUGUCGUACUGAUGACUGGAGAGACCGAUCUCUUAAGUGAUGGUGAUAGGACGUAUGCUAUUCAGAACGGCGAUUUGUUGCUUGGAAGCAUUACUGGCAGUGGCUGCACCCUCGGGACCACGAUCGCUUCUUUUCUUGCCGUAGAAAGGGGCGAUAAGUUAUUGGCUGCUCUCGCUGCAAUCCUAAUGUUCGAGAUCGCGGCAGAAUUGGCAAGUCAAAGACCAGAGGUACGAGGCCCUGGCACUUUUGUGCCUGCCUUCUUAGAUAAGUUGUAUGCUAUCGCAAAGGAGGAGACAACGGGGUGGCUAUCGAAGGCAAAGGUUAAAGAAAUUGAUACAUCCUGA